AUGGGCAAAACAAGCUCUUCAGGUGCAGCAGCAGCUCUUCGUUCGAGCUACACUGGCCUGAAGCUUGCUAUUCUCGCCGGUGUCUGUGGAGGCGUGCCUGGAUCAGGCGAUGAGGUCGAUGAGAUGAUACUCGGAGACGUCGUCAUCAGCAAGAGCGUCAUUCAGUUUGACCUGGGCCGCCAAUACCCCGAUAAAUUCUCUCGCAAGGAUACGAUUCACGACAAUUUGGGCCGAUCGAAUCUCGACAUUCGCUCUUUGCUCGCUGUAUAUGAGUCUGACUUUGGACGUGGCCGACUUGAGCGUGGGUGCGCAGACGUUCUAGAGAAGAUCCAACGAAAGGCGGUUAAAGAACGUCGCCGAACCCGCUACGGACGUCCACCACCAUCUGAAGACACUCUGUUCAAGGAUCGUCUUGCCGACAGUGAGACCCAGUCUCCGCAAAUCUUCAUUGGGAAUGUGGCAUCUGGUGACACGGUCAUGAAAUCUGGCGACCGCCGCGAUAAACUAGCUCAAGAGCAUGGCAUCAUCGCUUUUGAGAUGGAGGGUGCUGGAAUGUGGGAUCAGAUCCCAUGCAUUAUCGUGAAAGGUGUCUGUGACUACGCGGAUAGCCAUAAGAACAAGAAAUGGCAACCGUAUGCUGCAAUUGCUGCAGCUUCUGUGACAAAGGCUUUGCUGGAGCGUUAUAUCCAGGAAGAUAAGCCGCGGGAUUUGGAUUCUUCGUCUUCAAGUGGGGGAGUCGCCCGGCAGUUCAACAACACUGGCAACGGAACCCAGAAGAACAAUUCCGGAGCAGGGAAGCAAUACGUUGCGGAGACAAUGACGUUUCACUGA